AUGCUGAUCACUGCCUACAUUUGGGCGUCCAUCUCCAAUCGCCGAGGUCGGCGGAUCUGCCUGCUCGUGGGGCUCCUUGCGGGGCUGUGCACCACCACCGUUCAGGCCUUCUGCAAGAGCUACUGGGUGGUUGCCGGCGCGCGCUUCUCUGCAGGCCUUCUGAACAGCAACCUGUCCAUCAUGCGCACCGCCCUGCGGGAGACCUUCCAGCACGAGAGGAGCGAGGACACGUGGGCUUUUUCCACGUUGAGCGUCGCCUUCAGCGCCUCCUGCAUGGCGGGUCCCUCCCUGGGAGGUCUGAUGUAUGGCACGUCGCUGCCCAUACUGGAAGGCGACAUGCAGAACCCCUGGUCUGCCUCGAUGCUGACAUGCGUCUUCAUGUACGCCUUCUGCUUUGCUUUCACGUGGUGGCGCCUGCCGGAAACGGCCUUCCUCGCCUCCAAGCGCGGCUCGUCAAAGAGGACCGAGAACGUCAUCGAUGAGCACAUAGGUCAGCCCCUCCUCCACGACGUGAACUUCCUUCUACUCCUCGUCAUGGGCGGAGGCCAUUCCUAUGUGUUCACGGGGUGGGAGAUUGUCUACCCGCUGAUCGCAAGGCUUCCCUUGGAAGAGCGCGGCGAGCAGUGGACAGCAGCAGAUAUUGGCGUCACGUUCCUCAUGGGGAGUUUUUUCCUGUGCCUGUACAGCCUGGCGUGCUACCCCAGGAUAGCGCAGCGGCUCCCGAUCGUCCGCUUCUGGUGCCUCUCCCUGGUGGCGCCGCUGCUAGUGAUGCCGGCCUUUCCCCGGCUGCUGACCGCCAUCUGCUCGGCGCAUGAAUGCGCCGCGGAGGACUCGAGCGGGCUGGUCAGCGCGCUGAACUACGGGGCGCAGGUCUGCGUCAGCGUCCUGCUCGGUAGCGGCUUUAUCAGCAUUCAGGUAAUCCUCAACAACUACGUCGGGGUCAGGCCCGACGGGAAAUCCGCCCUCGCGCUCGCCAACAGCAUGCUGGUCUCCGUGCAGGCGCUGGUGCGAGCUGCCUCGCCCGUGGUCACCGGGUCGCUGCUCGUCUUCGGCCUGGGGCAGGAGGACUCUCCAGAGCGCUGGGGCUUGAGCCGCUCUCUGCCCUUCGACAGCCUCGCGCUGGUAGGCCUGACCGCCUGUUUGCUGGCCGCGCUGGCCUUCGAGCGCCGCGUUGCGGGGGCCCUAGCCCAGCGAGGCCUCCGCGGAGGCGGCCUCGGGGGCGGCGGCCACGAGGGCGCACCGCGGGAGCAGGCCGGAAGCGGCCGCGGCCCAGCCCGACGGCCAGCCUGGAGCCCGGCCUGGCGAGCACCCCACCCAC